UUUUAAGGGGAGAAAAGAGGAGAAAUCAAGGAUAAUAGAUAAGAAUGUCUUUUAGAGAAGAUUUUGAUAUUGAAGAAUCUUUUUUUUCGGGUGAAAAAUGGUCAGAUGGGAGUUUUUUUUUAGACACAAAUAGUCCGUCUUCAAGAAAGCGAAAAAAGAGGUUUGAGGAUGAAUCAGAAGAUGAUAUGGAUGAAGAUGAAGUAGAAUGGGAGGAUUUUGGCUUUGAAUCAGAAGAUGGAGAGAAGAAUACAGGAAAAAAGGAAGAUGAAUGUAGUUUUGAAUAUAAAAUAAAAGAGGAAUUAGGUAGAAAAAGAUAUGGGAUUAAAGAAAAAGACAGAAAAUUGCGUCUUGAGAUUCAUAAAUUGCAUUUGCUUUGUUUGAUUUCACAUGCGUCUUUAAGGAAUUUUUUUUGUAGAGACAAAAGAUUGCAGGCUAAACUUAAAGUGAUUUUACCAGAUGAAAUUCGAGAAUUAUUUCAUCCAGGUGCUAAGAUUUCUCAAUAUAGGAAAUCAAGAAUGUUUAUGACAGCUCUUAAAGCAAUUGUCAAUAUUUGGAAAAGAAAAUUUAGAAAGAAUAAAUAUGGAUUAUCAAGAUCAUUAUGGAGAAGUCCAGAACAAAUUGACAAAUUUCAAAUUGGAAAGUCAUAUGAUAAUAUAUAUUGUUUUGAGGACUUUUUAAAAGCAGCAGAAGAAUUACAAGGAUCUCGUGAUCUUGGUGCCCAAUUAUUUGUGGCAUUUUUACGUAGUAACAAUGUAAAAACUCGGUUGACUGUAUUUCUUCAACCUUUAUCAUAUGGAUUUGAUAAAUCAAACCCUUUACAUGAUUCAACAUUGGAAACUUUUAAUAAAAAUAAUAUUUCUAUUCUUAAGGACAAUUGUAUAGAUAAAGAAAAAGAUAAACAUUCUAAUUGUGAUGUUUUUCAUACAAAUGAAGAAUCUAUCCGAUCAAUUCGGCGGUUUAACUCUUCUCAUCUCAAUCAUUUUAUCACCAAUUCUUCAAAUAAUAAUUCAAUUGAUAUAAAAGAAUCAUUACAUCCUUUUUAUUGGGCAGAAGUACUUAAUCCAAUUACACAAAAAUGGAUAUUUGUUGAUCCAAUGGUUUCAUAUUUAAUAGGAAAACCAAGUAAAUUUGAAUCACUUGUCUCUAAAUCUAAAAAUUCAUUAAGUUAUAUUAUAUCAUUUGAUGAAGAUGGAUAUGUAAAAGAUGUAACUCGUAGGUAUACAAGACAUUUUAACAGUAAAGUUAGAAAGCAACGUCUAGAAUCCGUUGCUGGUGGUGAAGAAUGGUGGGAAAAUGUUCUAAAUUUCUAUAGAUCAGGUUAUAUUAAUCAACCUUAUGAUAUAAUUGAGGAUGAAGAGUUCAUGCAACGUCAGGCUUAUGAAAAAAUACCUCAGAAUAUUAAGGAUCUUAAGGAUCAUCCAUUAUUUAUUAUAGAAAGACAUCUUAAAAGAAAUCAAUUCAUUCUUUCAAGGAAACCUUGCUCAUUUUUAACAAUUAAAAGGAAUGGAAUCCAUGUUAAAGAGCCAAUAUUUCAUCGUAAAGAUAUAGUUACUGUCUUAUCAGCUACUAAAUGGUACCAGCUUGGAAGAAAAAUUAAGUUUGGGGAACAACCAUUAAAAAUUGUCCCAGAUCAUAGAAAAAUUGCUGAUCUAGAUCAAUUGAAUACUAAUAUACAACAUGAAACAAUAGGACUUUAUUCAGAAUCACAAACUGAAUUAUAUAUUCCUCCUUCUGUUAUCAAUGGCAAAGUACCAAGAAAUGCUUAUGGUAAUCUUGAUAUUUUUGUACCAUCAAUGAUUCCUCAAGGAGCUAUACAUUUACCAUUCUCUGGUAUAUCUUUAACUGCAAAAAUACUAGGAAUUGAUUAUGCAGAUGCUGUUGUUGGAUUUAAAUUUGAAAAAAGGCUAUCUCUUCCUAUUAUAAAGGGUAUUAUUAUUGCAAAAGAAUAUGAAGAGGCUAUUUCUUUAGCUUUUAAGAUUAUGAAAGAAGAGGAAUAUGAAAAGAUCUCUCUGAAAUUAACAAACAUUAUAUUGGCAAGGUGGAAACGUUUUUAUAGAAAACUUUCUAUAUGUGAAAGGCUUAAACAAUAUGAUAUAAAGCAUGCUCUAGACUGAUAAUAUACUUCUGUAGGGUUAGGGCCCUUGAUCUCUUUUCAACUUG